CUGGGGUGUAGACCCUAUUCAGUGUCUUAUUUUUGAGGGGAGUUCUAAAGUGUUGAUUCCUACCUGGACCCUUUUUUAGUCACCUGUGGAGUCACAGUAAAAGCUGAUGGCUUUAUAUAGCUGAUCCUCUGGUAAGAAAUGACAAGAUAGAAGACUGACAACCAUGGCUACUUUAUUCAUUCUGCUGUGCCUUUUCACUGAAGCUAUUGCUCAGAAUCUUGUGACUUUCACGAUUAAGGAAGGUAUUCCCCGACUUCACACUGUUGGAAGCAUACCGGAUGCAUUCAACUUAGCUGCAAAUCUUUCAAGAGACCAAUUUGAAUCUUUAAGGUACCAAUUUUUGGCCAAUCCUGACAACUUGUUUGAAAUAGGAGACAUUUCUGGUGACCUUAAAACAAACACAUCGAUAGAUCGCGAGAGUAUCUGUGACUUCCAGGCAGAUUGUCAGAGGGAUUUAACUGUUACCGUGAGAUCCAAAGUUUUCUCUUACACAAAAAUUUUCUCCAUUCAAGUAAUAAUUCAGGACACAAAUGAUAAUUCUCCAAUUUUUGAACCAUCUUCUAUACGUUUGGCUGUUCCUGAACAUAGCAGUAUUGGAACCUCAUACAAGAUACCCAGUGCCACAGACAAAGAUGUAGGGAUCAACUCCGUCCAGACCUAUGAGAUCAUACCAAAAAACGGGCCUUUUGGACUAAAUGUUACAAAAUCUUUAGACGGAAGCUUUUUUAUCAGGGUUGCUAUAAAACAGAUCUUUGACAGAGAAGUGCAGGACUACUACCAGUUUAACAUUCGAGCUCUGGACGGAGGCUCCCCUCCCAAUGUAGGGGUCCUGACUGUUCAUGUAGAUAUUGAGGAUAUUAAUGAUAAUUCACCAGUGUUUACCCAGACUACUUACAAUACAUCAGUCCAAGAAAAUAUAACCAUUGGAACUAAUAUUUUACAGUGCGUUGCUACUGAUAGAGAUAUUCAGGACAAUGGAAGAGUUUCUUAUAGAUUUAGUAUGAGGUCUGAUUUAGAUGCUAUCAGGUCUAAAUUCAGUAUUAAUUCACAGACUGGACAAAUUCAAGUGGCUUCUUCAUUGAAUUAUGGAGAGCAAAACUUAUAUGAAUUCUUUAUUGAAGCUUUUGAUCAUGGUGCAGAAGCUCGAGUCUCCCAAGCCAAAGUCAUAAUUAGUGUCCUAGAUGCUGGAAACAAUGCUCCUUCCAUGGAAAUCGCUUUCUUUGAGGGAGGCAAUGGCAGCCAUUCUGUGAAUGUCAGAGAAGAAACCAAGGAGGAUGUCUCCAUAGCUCAUAUUAAAGUGUCUGACUCAGACCCAGGCCAAAAUGGUCAAGUAGACUGUUCCAUAUCAAAUGUGGCUUUUGGACUUCAAGCAAUAGGACCAAGUGGAUAUUUAGUAGUGGUCAAGUCCUCCCUUGAUUACGAGACAGUUAAGUCAUAUCUGGUUACUGUCACCUGUCAGGAUCAGGGAACUCCAUCCAUGUCAUCCUCUCUAUCCUUCACUGUCAACAUAGUGGAUGAUAACGAUAACGCACCAAAGUUUGUCGCUAGAAUCUACCAGGUAUUCAUCCAAGAGAACAAAUCAGCAGGAACAAGAGUAACCGAGGUUCUCGCUAAAGACAAAGACUCUGGAGUGAAUGCUGUGAUUAGAUAUGCAUUGGAUGGAGAUUAUGGAUUGGAGAUAGAUGCCAGUACUGGAGUUAUUGUCACAAGUCGACCUCUAGACAGGGAAGCCACUCCUCAGAUCUCAGUCAAAGUCCUGGCCGUGGAUCUAGGAAACCCCCCUCUCACUGGAUCAACCACACUAAUUGUAAAUGUUCAAGAUGUGAAUGACAAUACACCACGUUUCAAUGUCACUCGGUACAACUUCCAUGUCCCAGAGAACUUAAACAACACUAAAGUAGGCACAGUGUAUGCCAUGGAUCUGGAUACUGGCUUGAAUGGUCAGAUUAUAUACAAAGUGAAUGAUGAAUCCAAUUCAUUUGACAUUAGAAGUGAUGGGAGCAUUUUCACAAAGAAACCCCUAAAUUAUGAAGCAAAAAGACUCCAUACAUUUACAGUGACUGCAAGGGAUCAGGGAAAUCAAGUUCUAUCUACAAGUGUGGAUGUGAGGGUACAUGUUGAUGAUGUGAAUGACAACCCACCAAAGUGUGUCUUCCCUGAUGAGUAUAACCACACAGUCAGUCUUCCUUACUUAACCAAAACAGGCUCACUCAUUACAACCGUCCAAGCUUAUGAUGCCGACAGUGGCAGAAAUAGUCACCUCACCUUCCGAAUCCUUAGCGGAAAUGGUCAUCGGACUUUUAAACUGGAUCCAAACUCAGGAGAACUUUUCUAUGACAAUACAUUUAUCAUUAAGAAAGACUCCAUUUUUAGACUAAAUAUUUCAAUUUCUGAUCAAGGGGAGCCAUCUCUUUCGUCUAUGUGUGUGCUGGAAGUUACCCUCACACACACCAAUGUGUCCAUGCAGCCAUUUUCUGAGGAGGAUACCAACAGCAAAUAUGUUGUCAUCUGUGUCAUUGUAGUUAUCAUCACCAUUUUCUUCUCUACAGUCCUUAUUACUGUCAUCAUCAUAAUCAAACGUAAUGACAGACGUAAUCGGGAGAGAAAGAGUGAACAGGAGAAGCUACGUAACUUACAGCAGUUCCAGGGAAUAGACAAGCGAUACUACCAGAACCAGCCUCACACCUUCCCAGAACAACUCAGCAAAAAGAAGAAGAAAGAAGUCAGCUUCUCACUAGAGGAUGAACUGGACAAAUCGCUGGACAUGUCUGGCCAUUCCAUUGUAGAUGAUCAGCAGAAUUACAAUGUGUACCACCCAGGACCAGAGGAGGACAAAUUAAAACAGCUUCAGUUUGGCCAGUUCCUUAUCAACCCAAACUCAGAUAGAAAGAAUAAUCUGCUAAAAGGUUCCCACGACAGCAGUAGUGACACAUCCACGGACUUGACGACCAGUGACAGCGGCCGGGGAGGGAGUGAUGUAGAAAUGAAUCAUCCCAGUAACGCUCCAGAUGAGCAGAAGAAAAAUAUUUUACCAUACUCUCGCUCAUCGUCAUUUCCACCCACACUGAACACCCCACCAGACAGAAGGGGGGCAAGGCCUCCCCAUAAACCUGACAAUAGUGCUAGCAAUAAAAAGGAUUACACAGGAUUAACACCUCGAGAGACAUUUGAGAAAAAGCAUGGAAUUAACAGACAUUCUCAAGAGUCCAUUCGAUCGGAGAGUUGUCUCCCCUCUUAUGUGUGACCUUUCACAUCAGUGUUCAUUUUGACUUGUGAUUCCGCAGUGGCCAAAGAAAGUUUGACACAAACAAUUUGUGAUCUUUGAAGACACAAAACUUUUCUUUCUCAAAUUCUCCGUCCUGAAUGUGUUAUUCUUUUUAAUGUUGUAAAAUAUGCUGAACAAACCUUAGAAUUCGAUCUCAGUGACUACCUUAUCCCCAACACCCACGUUAAAAUCAUCACCCUCCAAUUUUCCUCCAGUGUAUGGAUUCCGAUAAUGCCCUUUCUCCAGUGUAUGGAUUCCGAUAAUGCCCUUCCUCCAGUGUAGGAUUCCGAUAAUGCCAGACUUCAGAAAGUGGGAACUGUUUCCUUUGAUAUGGAACAAGUAAAAGAUUGUAAAUCUUUCCUGAUGGACAAGAUAACAAUGAUAAUCUUCAGCUGGGACCACCCACUGCAGUUAUACUAGGAUAUACGGCAAUAUAUGGAAAUAAAAUCUUAACUAUUAAAUCAUUUAGCCAAGUCAGGCGCAUUCAGUGUAUGAGAUGAAAAACAUUUUCUUGAAAAUUUUGAGUUUUGAGUAUUCUGCCAUAUUGCUGGGUGCUACAGUAUGUAUUGUGAAGUAUAAAUGAUGGAAGUUUGUUGUAUGAUAUGCUGCUGUUGACAUUUCUGCUCAAUGUUUUUGUUAUAGAUACUGCUGAGUGAAUUGUACAUACAGAUCUGAAUUUUGAUGAAAUCUCUUUUAUGAACUUUUUAUAUGAAGAUUUGCUUGCAUUUUUACAAAAUCACAUAUCAAUAAAGAAUAAAACUUU